CAUGAACCACAAGAUCAUGACCUGGGCUGAAGUCGAAUGCCUAACCGACUGAGCCACCCAGGCAACCCAAAAAAUGCAGGUGGCCCGAGAAUGCAUAUUUUUAAACCAGUGUUUCCUUGACCUUACCUCACUUGUUUGCUCACAAUCCUUUAGUCAUAAAGCCUCUUGUUUUUUCUAACAUAUCUCUCUUUUUCUGACCUCCAGUCCUUUUACUCUUUCAGUUCCCAUCCCAUAGAAUAUUCUUCUGCUGUUCCUCAUACAGCUGACUCCUUCUCACGUUCAGGUCCCACCCUCAAUGUCAUGAGGGGCUAUCCCUGUUCUCUAUCACUAUUGAUCCUAGUCAUCAGGUUAUUUCUUCCCUGACCCUAUUUGCUGUGUCUGACUCCUCCACUAGAAGGAAGAUUCACAAGGGCCAGGAUCUUUCAGUCCUUUCACUGCUGUCUCCCCAGCUUAUAUUAGGGCCUCAAGGGAAAGAUAGUGAAGAAAGAUGGAAGAAAGGAAAGAAGGGAAAGAAAAAAAAAAAAAAAAAGGUAGCCUUUCCCUGCACACACAUAGCCCUCCCAGCACAACACUGGCUUUUAUGGGCACUACAGAGGCCAAUUCAAGAGUGAAAGUGCUCAAGAAUACCGUCUUGCAGCCAAGCCCCAGCCUCCAGCAGUGUUCCUGCGGCGAUGUCAGGUACAAGGAGCCAGCACAGCAACACUUCUUCUCCAAGCAUGACAACCGUACUUCUUUCGACAAAGGAAUCGGAAGGCGAAAAGACCUGGAGCACCUGUGGCAGCGGCACACCUUCCUGCGCUGGGCACCCUGUGAGCUGGAGUUGAGCCAGCAGCAGCCCCUUGAAUCCUCCUACCAGGCCAAUUUCUGGUCAGGCCCUGGACUCAGUGACCUCCCCCAGCGCCUUGUCCACUUUGUGCAGAUCCAGCCUCCCCGCACCAGCACCACCUAUCAGCAGAACUUCUGCCAACCAUCCCAGGGUGGCCAUUGUGGCAGCAACAAUGUGGGGCCAGUCACCAACACAUUGCCUGACCUCCCAGGGAUCCCAAGACCCAAGCUGCUGCAGCAUUACCUUCAUGCUGGGGUCUCUGAGUGUCUAAACUGGUCCAGAGCAUUAAACAAGGAUGGCUAACA